GAAACAAUGUCUUCUUCCUGGCUUCCCCUCCGCGCGAGCAAAUGGGUUCACCCACAUCCGGGGAUCUAAGAGAAGAGCCUGUGGGUCACGUGAUGCCGAGGGCGUGGUCUGGAGGUAGUGCUGCGGUGGCCCGCCUACGAUCUGACAAAAUCAAAGCUGCAGAAAAAUGGACAGUGAGGUCCAGAGAGAUGGAAGGAUCUUGGAUUUGAUUGACGAUGCUUGGCGAGAAGACAAACUGCCUUAUGAGGAUGUUGCAAUACCACUGAAUGAACUUCCUGAACCUGAACAAGACAACGGUGGCACCACAGAAUCCGUGAAAGAACAAGAAAUGAAGUGGACAGACUUGGCCUUGCAGUACCUCCAUGAGAACGUCCCCCCCGUUGGAAACUGACUCUUGACUCCUUUCUCGUGGAUGGAUUUUCAAAAAUAUGUAAAUACAAAAUGUUUUCUCUCA